UGUGUAUGCUGCCACGACAGAUCAGGACGCUCUGCCCCUCCAUACCUCCACACGCGCUGAGAGAGGCACAGAGUCUGUUUGUGCAAGAGUGCAUCAAGUCUUACAUCUCUGACUGGCAUGUUGUCAAUUACAAAUAUGAGGAUUAUUCCAGUGACUUCCGUCAGCUCCCCAACAAAGUGUCCAGACCUGAUAAUUUAGCUCAGCAUGUUUUUGAGGUGGAUGAAGACGUGGAUAAAGAUGAGGACACAGCCUCUCUGGGCUCUCAGAAGGGUGGUCUCAUUAAACAGGGCUGGCUACAUAAGGGCAACAUGAACAGCGCCAUCAGCGUCACCAUGAGGUCAUUCAAAAGAAGGUAUUUCCACCUGACACAGUUGGGCGAUGGGUCGUAUAAUCUUAACUUCUACAAGGAUGAGAAGAUCAACAAAGAGCCCAAAGGAACCAUUUUCCUGGACUCCUGUAUGGGAGUGGUGCAGAACAAUCGUGUGCGGAGGUUUGCGUUCGAGCUGAAGAUGCAGGAUAAGAGUGGUUAUGUUCUGGCUGCAGACUCUGAGAGCGAGAUGGACGACUGGAUCAACACCCUCAACAAAAUCCUCAACAGCAGCUUUGAGCUCGCCAUGCAGGACAAAAGGAACGGAGACUCACACGAUGAUGAUGAACAGGCGAAAAGCGAUCACUCCUCUAGCAGUAUGGACAGUUUUCAGAGUGCCAGAGACAUCGAGAGCAAGAUGAGAAAUGAGGCACGGCUAAAACUCUUUACACUGGACCCAGAUUUACAGAAACUGGAUUUCUCUGGGAUCGAGCCAGAUGUGAAGCCCUUUGAGGAAAAGUUCGGGAAGCGGAUCUUGGUGAACUGUAACGACCUGUCCUUCAACCUGCAGAGCUGUGUGGCGGAAAAUGAAGAGGGUCCAACCACUAACGUUGAGCCCUUCUUCAUCUCUCUGUCAUUGUUUGAUAUUCAAAGUGGUCGUAAGAUCUCCUCAGACUUCCACGUGGAUAUGAACCAUCCGUCUGUGAAAGCGCUGCUGCCUUCGUCAGGAGCUCACAACAGCACCGCAGCACCAGACAGUCCGCAAGCAGCACAACCGACAGCCAACAGCCUGACAGAGAGCGCCAUUCAGUUUCCACGACAGGGAGUGUUUUCGGUGACCUGUCCGCACCCUGACGUCUUCUUGGUCGCUCGGAUAGAGAAGGUCUUACAGGGUGGAAUAGCACAUUGUGCCGAGCCUUAUAUGAAGAACUCAGACUCUGAAGGCUUUAAGUGUAAUGAGGCACUAGGUAAAUCUGAAAAGUUAAAAUCUAAUAAGCUGCGGGACACUUAUUCGGAUGAAGAGGACGCUCUCCCACUGAAGUGUAUAUACGGGCGUCCAGGAGGGCCUCUGUUCUGUAAGAAAGCGUUUGCUGCGGUCUUACACCACCAGCAGAACCCAGAGUUUUAUGAAGAGUUUAAGAUAGAGUUGCCGGCUCAGCUGACGGACAGACAUCAUCUUCUUUUCACUCUCUAUCACAUCAGCUGUGACAGCAACAGCAAAGCCAGCACUAAGAGACGAGAACAGGUGGAAACACAAGUGGGUUAUGCGUGGCUCCCCUUGCUGAAGGAUGGCAGAGUCAUUAUGAAUGAACAGCAGGUGGCAGUGGCUGCAAACCUGCCAUCAGGUUACUUGAGUUUCCAGGACAACAGCAGCAAGCACACUGGUCAAGAGGUGAAGUGGGUGGAUGGUGGGAGGCCGCUGCUCAAAGUCUCCACACAGCUGGUGUCCACUGUAUACACACAGGAUCAACAUCUGCAUAACUUCUUUCAUCACUGCCAGAGUAUUGAAUCCACAGGCCAGUCAGGAGGAGAACUGAUUAAAUACCUGAAGAGUCUGCAUGCCAUGGAGGCUCAUGUGAUGGUGAAGUUCCUCCCCACCAUACUGAACCAGCUGUUUCGUGUGCUCACCAUCUCCGGUCAGGAUGAUGUUGCUGUGAACGUCACCAGGGUGAUGAUCCAUGUCGUGGCUCAGUGUCAUGAAGAGGGUCUGGAGCAUCACUUGCGUUCUUAUGUAAAGUAUGUUUUGAAGGAGGAGACAAACUUAACCAAUGGUAAAACUGUCCAUGAGGAACUGGCAAAAACCAUGACCACCAUCCUGAAACCCUCAACUGACUUCCUCACCAGCAACAAACUGCUGAAGUACUCCUGGUAUUUCUUUGAGGUUUUAGUCAAGUCUAUGGCUCAGUACCUAAUUGAGACGGGCAAGGCCAAGGUGUCUAGGAACCAGCGUUUCUCAGCUUCAUUCUAUCACUCCGUGGAGACCUUGGUGACCAUGCUGAUGCCUCAUAUCGCACAGAAAUACAAAGACAACCUGGACGCAACACGAAACGCCAAUCACAGCCUUGCUGUCUUCAUCAAGCGCUGUUUCACCUUCAUGGACAGAGGGUUCGUCUUCAAACAGAUCAACAACUACAUCAACUGCUUCAUGCCCGGAGAUACAAAAGUGCUGUAUGAGUUUAAGUUUGAGUUUCUGAAGGUGGCCUGUAAUCAUGAGCACUACGUUCCUCUUAAUCUGCCCAUGCCAUUCAGGAAGGGCCGAAUCCAGCGCUUUCAAGAUCUUCAGCUGGACUACUCUUUAACUGAUGAUUUCUGUAAGAAUCACUUCCUGGUGGGGCUGUUGCUGAGGGAAGUGGGUGGAGGUCUGCAGGAGUUCAGAGACAUCCGUCAGAUCGCUGUACAGGUGCUGAAGAACCUGAUGAUCAAACACGCCUUUGACGAUCGCUACUCCUCCAAGGGUCAGCAGGCUCGCCUGGCUACGCUGUACCUGCCUCUGUUCAGUCUGCUGCUGGAAAACGUCCACAGGCUCAACAUUAAAGAGCCGUCUCCUGUCAACAACCAUACUAACGUUAAUGGCCGUGAUGAUCAUGUAAUGAUGACACCUACAAAAAAUGUGGCCAGUCCAGUGGACAGCAGCCUGCAUAAAGAGGUGCUUGGAGUGAUUUCAGGAACAGUCUCUCCUCACACUCCGACCAUGAGCUCUGUACGGCACACUAACUCGCGCAGCUCUCUUAUCAGCACGGACUCUGGAAACGGCCUAUCAGAGCGCAGCAUUGACAAGCCACACCCCCUAGACAAGUGUCAUGUCGCUGGGGUUCUGGGCAGUUCUUUGCUCCGCUGUGACAAACUGGACCAAUCUGAAGUGAAGAACAUAUUAAUGUGCUUCCUGCACGUACUAAAGAGCAUGUCUGAAGAUGCUCUGUUCAAUUACUGGAAUAAAGCUUCACCCACAGACCUGAUGAACUUCUUCAGUCUGCUAGAAGUGUGUCUUCAUCAGUUCAGAUAUAUGGGAAAGAGACACAUUGCAAGGACUCUGGAGGGAUCAGGGCCGGUGGUUCACGAGCGACGCUCUCAGACUCUUCCUGUGUCCCGCAGCAGGACAGGAGCCUUGCAUAUGAGACUGCAGCAGCUCAACAGUCUGGACAACUCCUACACGUACAACCACACUUACAGCCAUUCAGAUGCAGAUGUGUUGAAUCAGUCUCUGUUGGAAGGAAACAUUGCCACAGAAGUUUGUCUAACAGUUCUGGACACACUGAGCAUCUUCAUCAUUGCCUUUAAGACUCCGCUGAGUUUGGAUCAUGGCCACAAUCCCCUCAUGAAGAAAGUGUUCCAGGUUCAUCUCUGCUUCUUACAAAUCAACCAAUCAGAGACGGCCCUCAAGCAGGUCUUCACUUCCCUUCGCACUUUCAUCUACAAGUUUCCUUGUACGUUUUUCGAGGGCCGUGCGGAUAUGUGUGCAUCUUUCUGCUAUGAGAUCCUGAAGUGCUGUAACUCCAAACUGAGCUCCAUCCGCAGCGACGCGGCUCGUCUGCUCUACUUCCUGAUGAAGAGCAACUUCGACUACACUGGACGCAAAUCCUUCAUCCGCACGCACCUGCAGGUGGUGAUUGGCGUCAGUCAGCUGAUCGCUGAUGUCAUCGGAAUAGGAGGGACGAGGUUCCAGCAGUCGCUGUCAAUCAUCAACAACUGUGCCAACAGUGACAAAACUAUCAAAAACACAGCAUUCCCAUCUGAUGUGAAAGACCUGACCAAGAAGAUCCGGACUGUACUGAUGGCCACGGCUCAGAUGAAGGAGCACGAGAGAGAUCCGGAGAUGCUGGUGGACCUGCAGUACAGUCUGGCCAAAUCUUACGCCAGCACUCCUGAGCUCCGCAAGACAUGGCUGGACAGCAUGGCCCGUAUCCACGUGAAGAAUGGAGAUCUCUCUGAGGCAGCCAUGUGUUAUGUGCAUGUGGGAGCGCUGGUGGCCGAAUACCUGAGGAGGAAAGGCAUGUUUAAACAGGGCUGUACUGCAUUCAGAGUGGUCACACCAAACAUCGAUGAGGAAGCGUCCAUGAUGGAAGAUGUGGGGAUGCAGGAUGUUCACUUUAAUGAGGUGACUAUCUGUCUGACAGUCAACAGACCAUUCGUUCACCUCAGAGGGGGAACCCGCAGUGCAUACCAGCAAGAGACCACCCACCAAGCUAUUAACACCAGGGGCGGGGUGGAAGAUGGAAGUAGACCUGGGAAGGCAGCUCCAGUUCCCACAGGAGAUGACUUAAGUGUCCAGAAGUGUUUUGUGGCCUAUGAAUGUCUGAUCUUGUUUUCUCUGUCUCAGUGUCAUGUCGCUGGGGUUCUGGGCAGUUCUUUGCUCCGCUGUGACAAACUGGACCAAUCUGAAGUGAAGAACAUAUUAAUGUGCUUCCUGCACGUACUAAAGAGCAUGUCUGAAGAUGCUCUGUUCAAUUACUGGAAUAAAGCUUCACCCACAGACCUGAUGAACUUCUUCAGUCUGCUAGAAGUGUGUCUUCAUCAGUUCAGAUAUAUGGGAAAGAGACACAUUGCAAGGACUCUGGAGGGAUCAGGGCCGGUGGUUCACGAGCGACGCUCUCAGACUCUUCCUGUGUCCCGCAGCAGGACAGGAGCCUUGCAUAUGAGACUGCAGCAGCUCAACAGUCUGGACAACUCCUACACGUACAACCACACUUACAGCCAUUCAGAUGCAGAUGUGUUGAAUCAGUCUCUGUUGGAAGGAAACAUUGCCACAGAAGUUUGUCUAACAGUUCUGGACACACUGAGCAUCUUCAUCAUUGCCUUUAAGACUCCGCUGAGUUUGGAUCAUGGCCACAAUCCCCUCAUGAAGAAAGUGUUCCAGGUUCAUCUCUGCUUCUUACAAAUCAACCAAUCAGAGACGGCCCUCAAGCAGGUCUUCACUUCCCUUCGCACUUUCAUCUACAAGUUUCCUUGUACGUUUUUCGAGGGCCGUGCGGAUAUGUGUGCAUCUUUCUGCUAUGAGAUCCUGAAGUGCUGUAACUCCAAACUGAGCUCCAUCCGCAGCGACGCGGCUCGUCUGCUCUACUUCCUGAUGAAGAGCAACUUCGACUACACUGGACGCAAAUCCUUCAUCCGCACGCACCUGCAGGUGGUGAUUGGCGUCAGUCAGCUGAUCGCUGAUGUCAUCGGAAUAGGAGGGACGAGGUUCCAGCAGUCGCUGUCAAUCAUCAACAACUGUGCCAACAGUGACAAAACUAUCAAAAACACAGCAUUCCCAUCUGAUGUGAAAGACCUGACCAAGAAGAUCCGGACUGUACUGAUGGCCACGGCUCAGAUGAAGGAGCACGAGAGAGAUCCGGAGAUGCUGGUGGACCUGCAGUACAGUCUGGCCAAAUCUUACGCCAGCACUCCUGAGCUCCGCAAGACAUGGCUGGACAGCAUGGCCCGUAUCCACGUGAAGAAUGGAGAUCUCUCUGAGGCAGCCAUGUGUUAUGUGCAUGUGGGAGCGCUGGUGGCCGAAUACCUGAGGAGGAAAGGCAUGUUUAAACAGGGCUGUACUGCAUUCAGAGUGGUCACACCAAACAUCGAUGAGGAAGCGUCCAUGAUGGAAGAUGUGGGGAUGCAGGAUGUUCACUUUAAUGAGGACGUCCUGAUGGAGCUUCUGGAAGAAUGUGCUGAUGGAUUGUGGAAAGCGGAGCGUUAUGAGCUCAUCUCUGACAUCUACAAACUCAUAAUUCCCAUUUAUGAGAAACGCAGAGACUUUGAGAGACUGGCUCACCUCUAUGGCACCCUGCACCGUGCCUACAGUAAGGUCACAGAGGUCAUGCACACAGGCAAGCGCUUGCUGGGAACAUAUUUCAGAGUAGCAUUCUUCGGACAGCAGUACCAGUGUAAUGACUCCGAGAUGAACGAGGGAUUCUUCGAGGAUGAAGACGGGAAAGAAUACAUAUACAAGGAGCCCAAAUUCACCCCGCUGUCUGAGAUCUCACAAAGACUCCUUAAACUGUAUUCAGACAAGUUUGGAGCUGAGAAUGUCAAAAUGAUUCAGGAUUCUGGCAAGAUUAAUCCAAAGGAUCUGGACUCUAAAUACGCCUACAUCCAAGUGACUCAUGUCACCCCAUUCCUGGAGGAGAAGGAGUUGGUGGAGAGAAAAAACGACUUUGAGAGGAGCCACAACAUCCGUCGAUUUGUCUUCGAGAUGCCGUUCACCGUUUCAGGCAAAAAACAAGGCGGCAUAGAGGAACAGUGCAAACGCAGGACUAUCCUCACCACCACGCACUGUUUCCCAUAUGUGAAGAAGCGGAUCGCGGUGAUGUAUCAGCACCAUGUGGAUUUGAACCCCAUUGAGGUGGCCAUUGAUGAGAUGAGUAAGAAGGUGUUGGAGAUCAGACAGCUGUGUUCCUGCAGCGAUGUGGACAUGAUCCAGCUGCAGCUCAAACUACAGGGCAGCAUCAGUGUGCAGGUAAACGCUGGCCCUCUUGCCUACGCCAGGGCUUUCCUGGAUGAUGCCAGCACUAAGAAAUACCCAGACAACAAAGUCAAACAGCUGAAAGAAGUUUUCCGGCAGUUUGUGGAGGCGUGUGGUCUUGGUUUAGGUGUUAAUGAGCGUUUGAUUAAAGAAGAUCAGCAGGAGUAUCAUGACGAGAUGAAGGCCAACUACAGAGAUCUCACUAAAGAGCUGUCCGCCAUUAUGCACGAGCCUGUAAGACACACAAACACACUGAUCUUAAACUUCUGA